AUGAGGGUCCCUACUGCACCCAGCUGCAGCUGGAACCCAAAGUAAAUUUCUCCGGGACCCGCCCCCUCCGCGCCACUUUACGACCUCCGGACUGAGGCCAGGGUCGCAUUCGAACCCGACGAUCGAGAUUUUUGGUUUUUUUGUGGCAGAGUCUUCUGUUCUCGAAGUAAUUAUGUAGCAGAGGGCGAUCUUGCACGUUUUAUCCUCCUGUCUUCUCCCCGUGAUAGAAUUACGCGACUGCUGGUUUUAUUCGGUGCCUGGGUUAGAACCUAGGGCUUUGCCAGGGACAGCAUGUUUUUGGCCCAGAGGAGGCUCUCUUCCCUUGGCAGCCAAGCAAAGCAUCUAAAGACAAUUUUUUCUUCAAACGUCCUUGGAAUCUCCACUUCUGCCAAAAUGGCUUUGAAAUUCAAAAAUGCCAAACGAAUCGAAGGCCUAGACAGCAAUGUGUGGGUUGAAUUUACUAAGUUGGCUGCAGAUCCUGCUGUUGUGAAUCUUGGACAAGGCCUUCCAGAUAUAUCCCCUCCUUCAUAUGUAAAGGAAGAAUUAUCAAAGGCUGCAUUAACUGAUAACCUGAAUCAGUACACAAGGGGCUUUGGUCAUCCACCACUUGUGAAAGCUCUGUCCUGCUUAUAUGAAAAAAUUUAUCAAAAUCAAAUUGACCCAAAUAAAGAAAUCCUCGUGACAGUGGGAGGAUAUGGAUCUCUCUUUAAUGCCAUCCAAGGAUUGGUUGACCCGGGAGACGAGGUGAUCAUAAUGGUGCCUUUUUAUGACUGUUAUGAGCCCAUGGUGAGAAUGGCCGGAGCAACGCCUGUGUUUAUUCCCCUGAGAUCUAAACCUACAGAUGGGACGAAGUGGUCUAGUUCUGAUUGGACAUUCAAUCCUCAAGAACUGGAAAGUAAAUUUAGUUCUAAGACGAAAGCCAUUAUAUUAAAUACUCCACAUAACCCCAUUGGCAAGGUGUAUACCAGAGAGGAGCUGCAAGUCAUUGCUGACCUCUGCAUCAAGCAUGACGCCCUGUGCAUCAGUGAUGAGGUUUAUGAGUGGCUUGUCUAUACGGGACAUAAGCAUAUAAAAAUAGCCACUUUUCCAGGUAUGUGGGAGAGAACCAUAACAAUAGGAAGUGCUGGCAAGACUUUCAGUGUGACAGGUUGGAAGCUUGGCUGGAGCAUUGGCCCUCAUCACCUGAUAAAGCAUCUACAGACUGUUCAACAAAACACUGUGUACACUUGUGCAACUCCUCUACAGGCAGCCUUGGCCCAGGCCCUUUGGACUGAUAUAAAGCGCAUGGAUGACCCAGAGUGUUACUUUAAUUCUCUGCCAAAGGAAUUAGAAGUAAAAAGAGAUCGGAUGGUCCGUUUACUUACCAGCGUUGGCCUGAAACCCAUCAUCCCUGACGGGGGUUACUUCAUCAUUGCCGACGUGUCUUCCUUAGAUGCUGACCUCUCUGACAUGAAGGGUGAUGAGCCUUAUGACUACAAGUUUGUGAAGUGGAUGACAAAAAACAAGAAACUGUCAGCCAUCCCUGUUUCAGCCUUCUGUGAUUCCCUGUCUAAGCCACAGUUUGAGAAGCUGGUGCGGUUUUGCUUCAUUAAAAAGACAGCACACUGGAUGCCGCUGAAAAAAUCAUCAAGGCGUGGAACAGCCAGAAGUCUUGAUGUGAACCGGUGCGAGUGUUUCCAGACUCUUUCAAGGGCUUUCUACUCAGUGCUGCCACCUCGUGGGCACUAAGAAGAAAACAUCUCAGGACAAACAUUUCCAUCGCCUUUCCAAAAUGAACCCCAUUCCUAACAAUAGUCAGUAAAUUCUGAUUUUACUCCUCUGGAAUAUAUUAAAACACCUGACACAGUAA